GCCGGCGCGCCAUACGAACGACGACGGGUCGCGCACUACGAGUAGGGCGCUGGUCGGCUCCGAAACCCUCGAAACGCGAAGAAGAGGCUCGACUCGUGCACCGACGACCCCGCGAGGAGGAGACGAGCCGACUUUCCGGAGCACCUACGCGCGCCCCCGAAGAAGAGGGUCGCCGACACCCCGCUGACCAGGCCGACCUGCUGACCCGUUGACCAAGGGUCAAGAGCCCGCGUCCUCGCGACCCGACCCCACGUCCUCGGCAAGGAAUCGACCUCGGCCAGGUCGGCGCCGCCCAGGAAGACGCGCCUCUCGGUGACAGUGCGAGUUUGACGAGGGCGCAAUCGACAAGCGGGAACCAUGGCUUCUUCGGCGGUGGCCAAGAGCUCCAAGUACACCUACCGCUCCACCGGCGGAGGCUCUGCCGACGUCAGCAUCGAGUACAGCGCCGACCUGAGCGCUCUCUCCAGACUCGAGGACAAAAUUCGUCUCCUGCAGGAUGACCUGGAGUCCGAGAGGGAGCUGCGCCAGAGGAUCGAACGAGAGCGGGCCGAUCUGAGCGUGCAGGUGAUCCAGCUGUCCGAGCGCCUCGAGGAGGCCGAGGGUGGAGCCGAGUCUCAGUUCGAGAUCAACAAGAAGAGGGACACGGAGUUGGCGAAGCUCCGCAAGCUCCUGGAGGACGUCCACCUAGAAAGCGAGGAGACGGCCCACCUUCUGCGCAAGAAGCACCAGGAGGUCGUGGUCGACUUCCAGGACCAGAUCGACCAGCUCUCGAAGGCCCGAGCUAGGGCCGACAAGGAAAAGUCGAAGUUCCAGCAGGAAGUAUACGAACUGCUCGCGCAAAUCGAUAAUGUCACGAAGGAGAAGAUACUCUCGAUCAAGACCGUCGAAAAGUUGGAGAUCCACGUUUCUGAAUUGAACGUCAAGAUCGAGGAGCUGAACCGUACUAUCGUCGACAUCACCAGCCACAAGACCCGUCUUUCCCAGGAGAACAUUGAACUGACCAAGGAGGUGCAGGACUUGAAGGUCAACAUCGAGAACGUCAUCUACCUGAAAUCUCAGAUCGCCGGUCAGCUGGAAGACGCUCGUCGCCGUCUGGAAGACGAAGAGCGUCGCCGUUCCCUGAUCGAGGCAUCCCUGCACCAGGUCGAAGUUGAGCUCGAGUCGGUCCGCGUGCAGCUGGAAGAGGAAUCCGAGGCUCGUUUGGAUUUGGAACGUCAACUGGUCAAGGCUAACGGAGAGGUGCAAAUAUGGAGAUCGAAGUACGAAACCGAAGCGAAUGCCCGCGCCGAAGAGGUGGAGGAACUGCGCCGCAAGUACACCGCUCGCAUCCAGGAACAGGAAGAACAAAUCGAGACCCUCUUGGUGAAGAUCAACAACUUGGAGAAGCAGAAGUCCCGGCUGCAGUCCGAAGUCGAGGUCCUGAUCAUCGAUCUCGAGAAGGCAAACGGAACAGCCCGCGAGCUGCAGAAGCGCGUAGAACAGCUGGAGAAGAUCAACAUCGAGCUGAAGUCUCGGCUGGAUGAAACCGUCGGCUUGUACGAGCAGAGCCAACGAGAUCUGCGCAACAAGCAGCAAGAACUGAUGCGCACCAACGCCGAGCUCGACAAGACCCGCGAGCUGAAGGACCAGCUGACCCGCGAGAACAAGAAACUAGGAGACGACCUAGGCGAUGCCAAGAACCAGCUGUCCGACAUGAACCGCCGUCUGCACGAGCUGGAGCUGGAGCUGCGCCGCCUGGAGAACGAGAGAGAGGAGCUGGCAGCAGCCUACAAGGAAGCCGAGGCUGGCCGUAAAAUCGAGGAACAGCGCUCCCAGAGAUUGGCUGCCGAGCUGAGCCAAUUCCGCCACGAAGCCGAACGUCGUCUGGCCGAGAAAGAUGAGGAGAUCGAGGCGAUCCGCAAGCAGACCAGCAUCGAGAUCGAGCAACUCAGCGCCAGGGUGGUGGAGGCCGAGACCAAGCUGAAGACCGAGGUGCAGCGCGUGAAGAAGAAGCUGCAGAUCCAGAUAACCGAGCUGGAGCUCUCGCUGGACGUCGCCAACAAGAACAACAUCGACCUGCAGAAGACCAUCAAGAAGCAAUCCCUGACCUUGACGGAGUUGCAAGCUCACUACGACGAAGUCCAGCGCCAGCUGCAGGUGACCCUGGACCAGCUGGGCAUCAGCCAACGCCGUCUCCAGUCCCUGACCUCUGAACUCGAGGAAGUGCGCGGCAACUACGAAUCGGCCCUGCGUGCAAAGAGAACCGUCGAGCAGCACUACGAGGAGUCGGUCAGCCGCAUCAACGAGCUGACCACCAUCAACGUGAACAUCGCCUCCUCGAAGGCCAAGCUCGAGCAGGAGCUGGCCACUCUGGCCGGCGACUACGAGGAGGUGACCAAGGAGCUGCGAGUCAGCGACGAGAGAUACCAGCGAGUGCAGAACGAGCUCAAGCACACCGUGGAGAUCCUCCACGAGGAGCAGGAGCGCAUCGUCAAGAUCGAGUCCAUCAAGAAGUCCCUCGAGAUCGAGGUGAAGAACCUCUCGGUGCGCCUCGAGGAGGUCGAGGCAAACGCCAUCGUGGGAGGCAAGCGCAUCAUCAGCAAACUCGAGGCCAGGAUCCGCGACCUCGAGCUGGAGUUGGACGAGGAGAAGCGCCGACACUCCGAGACGGUAAAGAUCCUGCGCAAGAAGGAGCGCAACAUCAAGGAGGUAAUGAUCCAGGUAGAGGAGGACUCGAAGAACAUCGCGCUCCUCCAGGAGGCCCUCGACAAGUCGAGCCAGAAGGUCAACAUCUACAAGAGGCAGCUGCAGGAGCAGGAGGGCAUGUCCCAGCAGAGCGUGACCAGGGUGCGCCGGUUCCAGCGCGAAUUGGAGGCAGCGGAGGACCGCGCCGACACGGCCGAGAGCAACCUGACCCUGAUCCGCGCCAAGCACCGCAGCUUCGUCACCACGUCCACCGUCCCAGGCUCUCAGGUCUACCUCGUCCAGGAGACGAGGCAGGACUUGUAGAGCCCCCACAUCCCCGAGCCCCGAGCGGCCGAUUUCGUCGCAUCGAUACCACGUCGUCGUCGAGCACUCUAUCUGGUGUUACCACAUCCCUGGGACAUCUCCCAGCGACGCUAAAUCUCCUCUUCGCCUCCUUCUCUGGUCCCCAGGCACGCCGAAAUCGCGGAGACGAAACCCCCGGGACGAGUCGAAAGGACCGACCCGCAAGAGAGAGCAUCGUUGUGUGUACAUUUCUUCAGUCGCAAUACAUCACCGUAAUCGCCACAGUCAUCGUAUUUCGUAAUCGUUAUCGAGUCGUCUGCAGUCCCCGACAGACGACGGCAGCUACCGCUGGUGUCACCGGUACGUCCCUCCGACUUUGGACGAAAGCGCGUCGCUCCUCGACUUGUCCGCUGUGCGUGCAUGCCGCCCCCCGGCGCACCUACGAACAAGAUUAUAUAUAUAAAUAUACAUAAUAUAUAUAUAUAUUUACAUAUAAAUGAUGCAUUAUGCAGAGAUCAAGGAAAUGGAUUAAUUACGUCGUGUCGAUUGAAAAAAAAAAAAAAAGAAAAAUACAUGGUCAAGUUAAGCCAGGCCGGAAACUUAAGCGAGCACGCAACCAGGUACACGCACACAUACACACCCCCACUGUGGAAAACAUAUACGCAUCUAUUAUACGUACUUAUAUUUAAAUAAUUGUAAUUCUAUUCUAUUAUACAUAGAUAGGUAUUAUUGCCCAUACACAAAUUCUCGAUGUACGACAUAAACAAGUAACCUGUGUCAACAUUAAUUUAAUAAUAAACUGAAACGCGUACGUACGAAAA